ACCCCACAACAAACAGCGGAUCGGAGUCAGGCUGCUGGUGGUCGGUGAUUCGGUGCCGGACGGUGUGUGGCAGUGGGAGUGUCGGCGGCUGCUCGGCUUGUUCAUGCUCUAUCCAUGGGGGUCUGCGGUGUCGGCGGCCGCGGGGCUGAGGUCCCGGUCCUGAACCUCCUCUUGCUGCUGCUGCUGCUGCUGGUGGUGGCGGCGGCAGCGGCAACCGUCGGAGUCCGCAGCGAGGCCGCGCCGGGCGGGGGCCGGGCUCUGAAGGCGGUGGCGGGAUCGGAGGUGGCCGGAGCCGGCGUGGACGCGGUGGUGGAGGACGACGAGGCCGAGGAGAGUGAGCCGAGUGGAGAGGAGAAGCCCCGGUCCCUGGUUAUUAUUAGUUUGAUGGAUGGGCGCAUUGCAGCAUUGGAUCCAGAGAAUCGUGGGGUCAAACGGUGGGAGCUGGAUGUUGGUGCUGGAUCUUUGGUUUCAUCCAGUCUCAGCAAGCCUGAGGUCUUUGGGAAUAAAGUAAUAAUUCCGUCUCUGGAUGGACACCUUUUCCAAUGGGACCGAGACAGGGAAAGCAUGGAGGCGGUUCCGUUUACGGUGGAGUCUCUCCUGGAAUCUUCCUACCGACUUGGCGAUGAUGUAGUCUUGGUUGGAGGGAAGUCACGGACAAGCUAUGGGUUGGAUGCUGACACUGGAAAGAUGCGGUACGUCUGUUCUACAGGGGGUUGCAGCCGCUGGGAGGAGGAGACGACCGACCAGGGAUCUGAUCUGCUGCUGUUGCAGCGCACGCAGAAGACUGUCAGAGCUGUGGGACCUCGCUCUGGUGCUGAGAAGUGGAACUUCAGUGUUGGGCACUACGACUUGAGGUUUGUUCGGGAUGCCACAUCUAGUAUCAACUACAUCGAGAGUGAUUCCAGUAGCAGCCACUGGAGCGGUCGAUCAAAAGUCCUAUCCGAUGUGGAACAGGACAACACCAUCAGGGACCGAGUCAUAAAGAUCUCUGUUUCCGACUGGAAGGUGAUGUCUUUCAGUAAUAAACGAGGUGGACAGCUGGAAUGGGAGCACCAGUUCUGUACUCCAGUUGCAUCGGCCUGGUUGGUAGAGAAUGGAAAAGUGACCCCAGUCAGCCUCUUCGAUGAUGCCAGUUACUCAGCCAGCCAUGACAACAUAGUGGAUGACGAGGAGGAUCUCGUGGAGGCAGCAAGGGGAGCAGCUGAAUCAGCAGAAUCCAGUGUCUAUCUUGGUAUGUACAAGGGGCAGCUGUACAUGCAGUCAUCUGUUAGAUUAUCAGACAAAUUCCCAUUGAUGGUGCCGAUCACUGAGGAAAAUGGGAAGACUGACAUCGUCUCUUUGCCUAACAUUAGGUGGAAGCCUCUAAUUCAUUCACCUGCUAGAACACCAGCGUUGGUCCGGUCUGAUGAACAUGAUAAAUGUCUCAGCAAUGAUAGACAUUCACACGAGGAAUACAGUCUUGGAGCUUUGUCAAUAUUGCAGUAUCCAUAUGACAAUGGAUUUUAUUUGCCCUACUAUGGGAAAGAGCGAAGCAAGCGUGACACCCAGAUUUCUGUCAGACUCUUUGAAGACCUGAAGCCGAAGAAAAAGAAAGCCACAAGGAAAGACCCCGGCCUGCUGCUGGAGUGGUGGGGGGAAAUAGCUGGCACCAUCCUCUUCUGCGUCCUCGCAACCACUUACGUUGUUCGUAAGCUUGUCCGGCACCCACCUUCAACCGGACAAAGGAGGGAGUCCGAGCUACCAUGUCAGACUGAAGGUACCAGUGAUGCAGCUUCAGAAGCAGCAAAGGUUGAGUUGGGAAGUUCCUCUGGGAUUGUUGAAUAUGUGUCCAGAUGUCUUACUGACUUUGAGUUGGUUCAAUGUCUUGGACGUGGUGGAUUUGGAGUAGUUUUUGAGGCAAAAAACAAAGUCGACGACUGUAACUACGCCAUAAAGAGGAUUCGACUCCCGAAUCGUGAUCAAGCACGGGAGAAAGUCAUGCGGGAGGUGAAGGCGCUGGCUAAACUGGAGCACCCAGGGAUCGUCCGCUAUUUCAACGCCUGGCUGGAGGCACCACCUGAGGGCUGGCAGGAGGAGAUGGAUCGGCAACUGCUGAAAGACGAAGGCACUGAAUGGCCUGUGAGUUCUCCAGAAGUGCCCUCCAUUAACCAGAUGAAGCCUCCAUUUGUGGAAAGCUGCGCAGGGAGUUCGGCACCUUCGGUGAAAUUCAGUUCCUACUCUAUGAUAGCUGCAAGUCAGCCUUCUUCAUCGGACUUGUGCAUGUGCCUGGACUUUUCCACAGACGUCACCCAGCCUUCAGAGCCCCAGCAAUGUGACCAGAAUAGUCUUCUGUCAGAGUGUGAAACUGAGGGGAAUUCCAACAUAGCGCAUUCCUUUGAAUUAUUCCCUGCAGCUGCUGAUAAAGUCAAGGGCGAGGAUAAGACUGCAUCCUUUGAUGUAGUGUUUGAAGAUUCAGGCUGCUACAGGGUCUCCGAGCCAGGCUUUGAGCCAUCAUGCCAGAGUACAAGCAGCAUUGGGAAGCAAACCACCAGCUCUCGCGUGGAGAUGAACAGUAGAUCUGAGAGUCUGCACCCUGACUGUAUUCUAUCACGCUCUCCACCAAGACCCACCUCUCUAAAUCUGGGUCUGUCUAAAGGAACGGAAGAGAAAGUGAAACAACAGAACUCCCCCAAAGUUUACUUGUACAUUCAGAUGCAGCUCUGCCGGAAAGAGACGCUGAAGGACUGGAUGAAUGGUCGCUGUCGCAUGGAGGACCGGGACCGAACUGAAUGUCUGAGGAUAUUUUUACAGAUGGCUGAUGCUGUCUGCUUUUUGCACAACAAAGGACUAAUGCACAGGGAUCUUAAGCCUUCAAAUAUUUUCUUUACAUUGGAUGAUGUGGUGAAAGUGGGUGACUUUGGGCUGGUGACAGCAAUGGACCAAGAGGAAGAGGAGGGGUCUAUACUUACACCAAUGCCGGUGUAUGCCAGACACACAGGGCAAGUGGGCACUAAACUCUAUAUGAGCCCAGAGCAGAUAUCUGGAAACACUUACUCCCAUAAAGUUGACAUCUUUUCCUUGGGCCUGAUCCUCUUUGAGUUGCUGUAUCCCUUCAGUACACAAAUGGAAAGAGUCCAGACAUUAACGGAAGUUCGGGAUUUGAAGUUCCCCUCUUUAUUCCUAGAGGAAUAUCUUCAGGAGCAUGAAAUGGUGCAGAAAAUGCUUUCUCCUGAACCCGGGGAGCGUCCAGAGGCUGUGGACAUCAUCAACAACUCUCUCUUCGAAGGCUUCGACAUUCCAGAAAAGCAGCUGCUGAGACAGAGAUCACGGACACUGAGUUCCAGUGGAGGCAAGGCUUUGAGGGGAUCAGUAUCCUAGCAGCGGGACGUCAGCCUGGCUGACUUGCAGGUUCUUGAUCCCUGGUACCUUCCAUUUCAUUCAGCCGUAAGCAGCCCGUACCUGCUAAUGUGUAUGAAAACACGUUUUGUGACUCAAGUUGCCAAAGCUUUAAGGGUCAACUGGUGGGCUGCAAUGCAUUCACACUGAAACUUGGUGUUUCUUAAAAAGAGAGGAUCUGAAGUGUAUGGGUAAGACUAUAUGAAUCAGAGACUUGGUUUGUCUUGAAUGCACUGCGUCUGCACAGGCUCUGCUUAAUUCAUCACUGAUUCCACUGGCUCCCUUUCAUACGUGCAGGUGUGUAUCAGAGCAGGUGUGUGCACUUUGAAGGAAAAUGAAAACUGAAACUUCCUCUCACUUGAAGAGCUCUCCAUUGCUGAGCCAGCAGACCCUGCAAUUGCAUUUCCCACUCCUUCAUCUCGUUCUUGUCUCGGAGCGCAAUCAUCCAAAACCCGGACUCCAGGAAGCUGAAGCAAGCCUGCCAUCUGAGCUAAAACGGAAUGUGCAAGAAAUACUUAGCAGGUCAGGCAGCAUCCGUGGAGAGAGAGAGAGAGAGAGAAACAAAACUGCCAUUCAAGAUUUGAAGUGCAGCUUGCCCCAUCUGUCUGCUUGCUGUUUGUUCCCUGGCUUUAACAAAGCUUAGAGUUAGAAUGCCUGCAUUGAUGUAAAGGUGCAACUAAUGGUAUAGAUGAGGCAGAAUGUUAACUGGAUUUCAUUUAAACUAGACAAUCUGAAGCAUUUUGAAAUAAUGUUUGUCUUGCUGUGCAAGUUUCACAGUGAAAAGAAAACUUUUGCAUUCUUAAUGAUGUAGAAUAUAUAUCUUUACAUGUAAUAUUUGUUACUUCAUUAAUUGGCCAUUUUUCAGGUUUUGUUGAACAAAUCCAUAUGAUUUUUGACCAAUGACAAAUGGGUAAAAUUGUCAAAUUGUUCUAUAAUGGUUUGAAUUAAAAAGUAUUGGUUUGUGAAUCAUCUUGAAGAGUGGUGGCCAAGACCUGUGCUUAGAAUGUGUAUGGAAAGAGUUAAUGUGUUAAGCUGCAGACUUCGGGAUCUGACUUGCAGACAAAAGAAGUAUUCAAAAGGACCCAUGCAGAGAGCUGUAAUAUCUCUGUUGUACUGUAUAUGCUGCUCACUGUGUUUGCUUUGUGAUCUGACCUGCAGAUUUUCAGUGUUUUCUGCUCUUGAUUGCCAGUAUUGCAUUUUAAUUUUGUGCUGCCAGUGUACUUUUCCGUAAUUUCUUGCCCUGAUCAGAACCAUUUGUGCGGCUGCCUUGCAUAAAUAUUGAUGUUGAUUUGAGGGCUGAGAUUAACUUGCUUUGCAUUUGUAUUUUGCUACAGCUCCUGACCUCUGGUUGCCUGAUUUGCUUUGGCAAAGCUCUAGCCUUUGCAUUGACCUUGCUUUUAAGAUCAUACCAGUCGUGAAUUUUCCUAGAUUUAAGCUUGCAUUAGAGAGCAGGAGUGGUCAAGGAUCUGUUCUAGAGGAUUGUUACCACCAACAGCUGGAGAAUUUCUUGUCAUUCUUAACUUAUCGGACCAUUCAUACCAUGUGGGGAUAAACAGUGGCAUUAAGUGAGGAAACUACUGCACAGAGCUCUCUCUAUGCAAAUCUGGAUGCCUUGUGUUGUAUACAUUGCUAGCUACUGAUGUGCAGUCUUGCAUCAUCUGUAGUCUUAUUCUUGGGUACAUCACAUUUGACAUUACACCCAGUUCAUCAUUUUAAUGGCGCAAAGCAACUUCAUAUCUAGGUCACUGAAACCUUUAAAUGCACUUUUACUUGUGAAAUUUGUGUUGUGAUGUUAAUUUUGUCCUCGUGAGUGUAGAGGACCACCUCCCCUUCUGAGUUGGCAUCAAACACCUCCUAGUGGGAGUGGAGAACUGAGAUGUUCUGAGGAGGCUUUCUGAAAUUUAUUAGUCGUCUUGUGACAGACUGACGAGUGAACAGGAGCUUUAUAAAUGAUCCUUCUCUCUCCCUUACUUCCCCUAAAUCACCUUUUUAAAGAUGGCUGGUGACCUGUUGUAAACUAGGAAUAAAAUGAAUGCAUUUAUUAGAGAUUUUAUCUUUUUUUUAAAAAAAAGGAAAUCAGUGCCAGUAUCUUCUAUCAGUACUGAUUGCAUGGUCCUCAGUUUUAGAAUUGGUUACCCUGAGGAUGGCGUUAAUUAUUGGAUAACUGUGCUAAAUCCUUUGUAUGGGAGUCUUGCCCCAUUCUGUCAGUGCGUACACAUUAAGCUUCUGCUACUUAGAAGUAUUUUUGUCUUGGAUCAAAAAGAAUUAGUUAAGCAAUGUAAUUAUGUACAGAAUUCAUCCAUAAUUGUGCAGUAAUUUUAUAUUAAAAUUGUAUUCUGAAGGAAAACUUCUAGAUGCGACUGCAGAGGGUUUUAGAUUUUUUUUGGCUUGUACAGUGUAAAAACUGUAAUUGUUUAUCAAUCCAUUUGGGUUGGUGGCAGUGGGAAUGAAUUCCUUGCAAUAAUUGGUGCAUUGCAACAUUGUGACUUCCUACAAGUCGAAGAUUCAAUAAACUCUUGAAUUAUGCCUAUUAUUUUUCUUUUGCAGUUAUUGAAUCUGGGGGCGAAAGACAAAUUGAUGGAUGAAUUUAAUAAUAUAUACAGUAUACCAUAUGCCUAAAUUUAGAACCCAUUUACAGAGCACCACAGAUCCUCAGUUCUGUGUUCAUUAAUUGCUCCAAUCUGGAGCGUCAGUGUGGCUUUAUUGCACCCCUGAUUCAGAAAGUCAGGGUUUAAAACUGUGCCCCUCAGCAUGCCAGGUUCAAUCUUAACCGCUGGUGCCACCUCUAUGGAGUUGGCAUGUUCUCCGUGACUCUGUGGAUUUCCCCCCAGGAUGCUCCGGUUUCCCUCCACAUCCCAAAGGCAUGGGUUGCUAGGUUAAUUAACCACUGUAAAUUGCCCCUAGCGCAUAGGUGAGUGGAGGAAUUUGGGGGAGAAUUGAUGGGAAUGUGGGGAGAGUAAAUUGGGAUUG